AUGGUCAUGUUCACAAUUGAACAGCAGGUAGACCUAAUGAAACCUUUUGAAAGGAAAUAUGUGAAAACUGCUAUGUUCCAAAUUAUAGAUGCAGUUCUGGAGUUCUUCAAUAAUGGAAAUGUAUUGUACAAGUGCAUCUCAAACUUGUUAUCUACCACAUUCAAAGUGGCUAUUCAACUUCUGGAAAUAGAUAACCAACUUGCCUUUGUACCUGGCAGAUCUAUAAUCCAUAAUGUGCUUAUAUGUCAUGACAUACUGAGGCACUAUAAUAGGAAGACUACUCCUAGGUGUUUUAUGAAGAAAGACCUGAGGAAAGAUUAUGACAUGGUACAUUGGGAAUUCUUAGAGGAGGCUCUGAUUGGUUAUGGCUUUCCAAUCAAGUUCACAGAGUUGAUUAUGGCAUAUGUAACUUCUACCAAGAUCUCAAUUAGUGUAAAUGGUGAAAGUCAUGAUUUCAAAUUCCAUCAUAUGUGCAAGCAUUUGAAGUUGACAUAUCUAGUUUUUGCUGUUGACCUCAUGAUGUUGUGCAAGGGUGAAAGAGGUUCAGAGGAUAGAGUCCUAGAGGCUUUAGAACAUUUUAGUAGUGUAUCAGGUUUGGUGGCUAAUAUGGACAAAUCUAACCGGUUUAUGGAAGGCAUUGAUGAUCAUAUGAAGGAAGAUCUCCUAAGCAAUACUGGUUUCUCCCUAGAGACUUUUCCUAUAAGCUUAUGGGGAGCAGUCUUUGUUUUACCUCAGAGCAUUAUGAAGGAAGUGGACAAGAAGUAUAGAGAGUACCCAUGGGGAGGCUCAGAGGAGAAGAAGAAGAAGCUUUUCCUAGUAUCGUAG